CCCCGUCCCUCUUUUAUUCUCCUCCGCCUGUGGGACUUGUAUUUUCGUGACUGAUUCGCAGUUCUCCACUGUCAGUCAUGGACCGGUCCACGUCUUUGGAUAUAGAAGCGCUCAAGAUGACCCAGGAGCAGUACAUCCUCGCAGCGCAGCCCAACCCUCUUCACCAACGCGGGGCGUCGGUGUGCGGAGCCCAAGUUUACCCAGCGGUGGGAAUCUACGGCUGGAGGAAGAGAUGCCUCUACUUCUUCAUCCUCCUCCUCCUCGUCACGAUGAUUGUCAACCUAGCAUUAACCAUCUGGAUCCUCAAAGUCAUGAACUUCACUCCGGAUGGUAUGGGGAAUCUGCGUGUAACCAAGGAAGGAGUCAGGCUGGAAGGAGUGUCAGAAUUUUUGCUGCCUUUAUAUGUCAAAGAGAUCCAGUCUCGUAGGGACAGUCCAUUGAUCCUGCAGUCGGACAGGAAUGUGACUGUUAAUGCAAGAAAUGAUCAGGGACAAUUGACUGGUCAGCUAACCGUGGGUUCGGAGAUGGUGGAGGCGCAGUGUCAGAGGUUUGAGGUGAGGAGUGCCGAUGGAGAAAGAGUUCUGUUCUCCGCAGAUGAAGAAGAGAUCAGCAUCGGUACCGAGAAGCUCAAAGUCACAGGGAACGAAGGAGUGGUGUUCAGUCAUUCAGUGGAGACUUCACAUGUGAGGGCAGAACCUUCCCAGGACUUAAAGCUGGAGUCGCCAACACGGACCCUGACCUUGGAGGCCCCGAGGGGCGUGGAGAUCAAUGCUGGAGUGGGAGAUUUCUCUGCAUCUUGUCGGAAAGAUCUGCUCUUGCAGUCUUCAGACGGAGAGAUCAUACUAGAUGCCAAUACUAUCAAGCUGGGUAAUGUUCCCCUUGGUAGCGCCGUGGACCCCCUGGAGGGGGCACCUGCUGGAACUACCUACACCAAACAGACAGUAUACGAGCUCUGCGCCUGCGCUAACGGCAAGCUCUACCUAUCCCCCGCUGAGAAGGGGUCUACUUGCCAAACCACCAGUAACUUCUGUCUCUGGAGCUGAAAGUGGGAGGUUGACCAACUCCCGGGACAUAUGGACCAUAGAGUUUGAAGCUAAUGCUAGCCAACGGAGUGAAUCAACAUGGAUUAUGGCCCAGUGGAGAGCCAAUGCCAGCUAACAGACUAAGUCAACAUGGAUUGUAGCAUGGCAAGAUGAUCGUGUCCUUUCAACCAAUCAACUAAUGUGGAUUUCAGCCUGGCAGGAAGCUCAUGGUUGCUAACAGACCAAAUGAACAUGGACUGUGUCUUGGUGUGACGCCAGUGCAGACUGAAGAACUAAUCAACAUGGACUAGAGCUUGUGAGAGGAUGUUACUGCUCUCCCACCAAAUCAGUAUGGACUGGUCAGUGGCCGAGGCUCGUCAAGACAUCGGAUGAUGUGACAGGAUGCAAAAGCCAACAAGGAUACCAGGUGGAAUUGGUACUCAGACCCCUGAUGGACAUAGGCGGACACUCUGAUUGUGGGGCUGUUGUUGGCCUUGGUCUUUCCCAUUUUUUUAAUUGUCGCCAUGAUGGUUUCCCCAAGAGGAUUACAUAAAAACAUUGUUUUGGAACAACAACUAUGACCAAAAUGUCCUGGAAAACACACCCUUGUUUUUGUUAAGAUAAACAGUUUUAUUAAUGGACUGCAAAUCCUCGCAGACUUUCUGAGCCCAUCAGCCGACUAACACACAUCACUGAGAACUUUGGUUUAGUCCGAUGGGUAGCUAACAAAUAAAUCAGACAAUGCUUUUGUCUCGUGGGAAGCUAUGGCUAGCUAAUGGACCAAUCUAUACCAGAAAGGCCUUCCCCCUCCUCCCCCUUCAGUCUUCGACCCAAACAUUGACAUGUGACACUCUGCAGCCUAUAGUUAUGGCAUUUCAACCCCUGUUUCAUAGAGUAACUAAUGCAAAUAAUUGUACUUAAACCAGAUUUUCUCCCAUGUGUAGUUUCAGAUUCAUGACUUUUCCUUUAGUUUGCUUUCAGUUGGUUUUU